AUUCAAUUUGCACCACCGCCAGCGUCCGAGCACGCCAUGGAGCGCUACCAGAAGAUUGAGAAGAACGGAACGAUCGGAGAGGGUACGUAUGGGGUUGUUUACAAGGCGAAGGAUCUCAAGACCGGCCAAAUUGUCGCGCUGAAGCGCAUCCGACUCGAAGUCGAAGACGAGGGAAUCCCGUCGACUGCCCUCCGAGAAAUUUCCAUCCUGCGUGAACUUGAGCAUCCCAACAUUGUUCGACUACUCAACUGCCUCCAGGACAGCGGGAAACUCUACUUGGUCUUUGAGUUUGUUGACCGCGACUUGAAGCGCCACAUGGAUAAAACUCUCGGGACUGUCGAUCCCAUGGUCAUCAAGGCAUACAUGUAUCAACUGCUGAAAGGCUUGGCGUUCUGUCAUUCCCGCGGUGUUAUGCACAGAGACUUGAAACCUCAAAAUCUACUGGUGAGCGAGUCAGGGACACUGAAGAUCGCAGAUUUUGGCCUUGCUCGGGCGUUCUCGAUGCCUACGAGAAAGUACACGCACGAAGUUGUGACGCUGUGGUACCGAGCUCCAGAAAUCUUGUUGGGCCAAGAGGUGUACUCACCACCCGUCGACAUUUGGUCAUGCGGGGUUAUUUUUGCCGAGAUGGUCAAGAAGAAGCCCAUUUUUCCAGGUGAUUCUGAGAUCGACCAGCUCUACCGCAUCUUCCGGCUUCUGGGGACGCCUGACGAAAGCGUUUGGCCUGGAAUCUCUGGUCUUCGCGACUACGCCUCCACGUUUCCCAAGUGGCGUCCACAAAACCUCGAAGACAUAUUCAAGCCCAAACUGGACUCGGACGGUUUGGACUUGCUAAAGAAAAUGCUGCAAUAUUCUCCAUCGGAGCGAAUCACAGCUAAAGACGCCACGCGCCAUCCUUACUUCAACGACUUGCCUGCCGAAUAUAUUUAGCCCUAUCUGGUUACUUGUGGUGUCUGGCCCUCCUCUAGUGAGGAAAAUGCUGAACCCUUACGAGUUGAUUCAAUACACGGACCCUUGGUGACAGUGCUUUGCAGGACUCAUGCAAUGGAGAUUCCAACUCCUCCCACUCAACUUUUAUUUUUGUGUUUUUAUAACUUAGACAUUGUGGGGUCGAAACCGGGGCAAACACUCCCCAGCGGACAAAUAGUACAGUUUUUCGACGCAUCGGGUUGCCCCUCGCGUGAUGCGGAAGAGCAGGAACACAAGAGCACCGAAGAAACGGAUGAUGUUGACGGUCGCGACAGUGAACGAGAGGUACUUGAGGUAACACGAGCAUGAGAUGGACGACGUCGCCACGUACAGCCACGCGCCGUUUGAAAGGAGCCAUGUAAGGAGGAGCACCGAUCGGAACACGCGAAAGCUGCUGUCCACGUCUUCGUGCUCGGCAGCAACAGAUUGCUAUGAUGCAGUGAGCAAAACAAGGUUUGACACGAUUAGGUUACUUUGUGCUUGUCGGCUUCCA